AUGGCAGCGGCGACAACACUCCUAAUGGCGUUGCCUACACAAAAGCCACGCAUCGGCUUCAGUAUCGAGUCGAUUGUUGGGAGCGACAAACGGGCGGCUCAAGGCUCGCCAUCACACUUUUCGCCGAACAGCGAAUCGUCCGACCGGCCGGUCAGUCCACUCAGCGAUGGUAGCCAUUACCCGGCCGAUGUGCAUCCGCUGCUGUUGCGUGGAUAUCCACCAAGCUUUCAACCUUUACCUCAUCAACGGGCCUAUCUUCUGCAGCGACAGCAAGAACAUCAGUUCCUCGCACUGGGGCACCGAAUGUCACGUAGGUCCACUGGUACGCCUCCACCCGAACGCAACGGAAGAUUGCCGGAUUCACCACACAGUCCCGCGGAGGGUUCACAAAACCGACCCCCUUCCAUACGAAUGAUUGAUUUGAGUAGUAAUUCUAGUCGUAGCUCACCACCUCCCAGCACGAGACUUUCCCCGGAACCGGAACCAGCCGGUCGAAGCCACCCGCAACGGUCACCAAGAAGUUCCCCUGGGCCAGGUCCAGUAGGCCCCGGAGGUCCUCCACCAAACAAAGGUCCAAUAAUGGUACCAGGCAUCCCGGCCAGCUUAGUACGCCCGUUCCCGAUGGGUCCUAAUGGGGAGCUGAAAGGACUGCCUUCGUUUAUGGGCGGAAACAGUGCAACGGAGCUAGCCGUACAGGCAGCCCACAACCAGCAACUUUUGGCGGCCCAAUUUCAAGCCGCGCUAGCACACGUGCACGGACAGGGUGGCUUUGCAGGUGGCCAUCCAACGCAUCUUCACAAUCAUCCUGCACACAUACCGCGCGAUAGUUACCCGCUCUAUCCGUGGCUGUUAAGUCGGCACGGUAGGCAUGUGUUUCCACCAAGGUUUCCUGGAAGCUAUUUGCUACCAUUUCGCAAACCAAAACGAGUCCGGACGGCCUUUUCGCCGUCGCAGUUGCUGAAGCUGGAGCACGCCUUCGAGAACAAUCACUACGUGGUCGGUGCGGAACGGAAAUCGUUGGCGCAGACGCUCAGUCUUACGGAAACUCAGGUCAAAGUAUGGUUCCAGAACAGACGGACCAAACACAAAAGGAUGCAGCAGGAAGAGGACGCCAAAUCGAGUGGAAAUGGUGACGAUGGACGGAACGGACGCCAUAGUCCAGGCAGUCCGGGCGCCCACUACGAGGAAGACGAUGAGGAUGAGCUUAUCGAUAUGGAGAUGGAUGAUGAGUGUGCGAGUGAGGAGGACGAACAGGAGCACGGUUGA